AUGCUUCUCCAGCAUAACAUUGAUAAAGACUCCCGCGACGUAGAUGAACAGACCUCUCUCUCAUGGGCAGCUUGUCGAGGUCACGAGGAAGUCGUCCGGUUUCUCCUGGACAAAGGCGCCAAUCCGGACACCAAAGACAAGGAUGGUAUGACUCCGCUUUCAUGGGCGGCCUCCAACGGCUGGAUGGGGAUAGUGCAGCUCCUUCUAGAGAGACAUGUUGAUCCAAACUCCACGGAUAGGCAGGGCCGGGCACCACUUUCCUGGGUAGCAGAGAAUGGCCAUGACGCACUCAUGGGGCUUUUGAUUAACAAAGGUGCCCAGCUACACUUACGGUAUGAUGGAAGCCAUGUUGAACAAUGCCCGCAUGCUCUCGUGAUUCAUAAUGCGCACUGCAUGGUGCCAGACACUCCCCAGCAAGACGUUGCUCAGAAUGACUAUGCUACCGCCUCGGGUUCAUUCAGGAUAAAACGUGGAUUGGAGUGCGCACUAUGCCUUAGUAAGCAAGAUGAAGCACUGGCGACAUCUGAGGCCUGA